AUGGAUUUAGGUUUGAUUUCCUCUUAUGGAGAUUUUAAUGGAGACAAAGCAGUAGAUGUGGUAAUUGUUGAUUAGAAGAACAAUAAAAUAAUAAUCUUGUAUUGGGAUAAUACAAUAAAUGAAUUUGAAUAAAUAAAUAUUUGUUAAAGCUGUUACCCAGUCAAAGACAUCCUAAUCCAAGGGACAAUUCCAUUGGAUUAUGAUUACGACGGCUACUUGGAUAUCCUGGUGGUUUUAGGAUAUGAAGAAGGAUUUAUGAUUAACAUCUUGAGACAGAAUGGGGUAUAGAAUGGCUAUCCAAACUUCGAUAAAACGCAAGAGAAGUAUUCAUCGUCAUCCUAUCCCUUUGUUGGAGACUUCCUUGGCGAUCACAAAACAUCAAUUAUGAUCACUACUGAGACUCAAAGAUUGGUUGUCUAAUAUGGUUUACAAUAGCCAAUAGAUUUCCUGGACCUUGUAGAUUCGAGUUGUUCAAUAAAAGAUUUCGAAAAAACUGUGAGUGCAUAACUAUUAAAUCCGCACUUCAGUUCCUUUGUGGAUGUCAGUUCUGAUUGUAGGGCAGACUUAAUUAUAACAUCUGAUUUGGGCAUAGAGUAUUGGUACACCAAAUAUGUCCCCAAUGUUGUUGCUGAAACUACAGAUCAAUUAUUAAACAAACAACCGAGAUUCUGUCUUCAAAUAAUAGACUCUUUUCAGAGUGGAGCGGAAUUAAAGACACUGGAUUUUGUGGAUAUUAAUUUCGAUGGGUCCAUUGACAUGAUCUAUGUUUUCGAAAGGAAUGACGUCUAGAACUUGGUGAUUAACUACAAUCUAUAUGAAAAUCCGAGCAACCCUCCCAACCUGUGUUAAGCGAAUACAAAGGACUCAGAUAAAUAAAUGGCUUACCCCUAUUCUGAAUUCAGUCUACUGGGCACAACAACGAAAUUGGUUACUCCAUUAAGCAAUGGAGAUCAGGCAGUCAAACUCUAUGAUUACAAAAAACUAGACUUACAAUUGGCUCUGGCUCCUUUCAUAAGAUUUGGUGAUUAUUUAGCCAGUGGUUAUCCAGGAGCAUUCAUGAUCAUUUACAACGAAACCACCUUCAAACCCAAUAUAUACUAUUUCAAGAAUGUUCCCAUUAGCAGUGGUUGCGAACUAGAAUCAAGGAUGUGUAGGUAAUUGAUUGUGGAUAAUGAUCCUGGAGAUCACUUCUAUCUGAUCACGGAGAUGGAGGGAAUUAACGUAGCAUUUUUCGAUUUCGGAGAAAAUGGAAGACUGGAUUUCUUAGUUAAUAGUAUCUCUAUGGACGAGGAUCAAAAGCCAAGAUACAACCUAGCAGCAUUUUAUAACUAUAUCUCUUUGGAUGCCUUCUUCUUGAAAGCCUUAGGCAUUAAUGGACAAUGUGCCGCAGAUGAGGAGAGCAAGAUUUCAUGUCAAGGGUCUCUGUAUUAUGGGGCUACUUACCAAUUCAGAGUGACUGACAUAAGUGGAACCUAUAAACCAGCUGCAGGAGUGCAAUUGUAUUAGUCUGCCUAUUCUCCUUUGCAAUUGCCCUAUUCUUACAUGGGUUUGGGGAGAACAAACAACUACAUCGAGAACUUUUACUUGGGUGUUCCCUUAUUGAAUGGACAGAUUAGACAGUGGACUCCCAUAAUUCCUAACUCUUAAUUGAUCGUAUCGCCCUAUAGAGAUGACACGAAAUAAUGGACCUUGUCGAUAUUUAUAGAACCCACUGAGGCUAUAUUGGUGGUUGUCAUAGUAACCAUCAUAAUUCUAUUUGUGCUUGGCGGCAUCAUCAUUUGGAAACACAUAAAGGAGAAGGAAGAUGAUAAAAAGAAUCAAGAAUAGUUUUUUUAAAUGUUUAGAUGAAUUAUUUAAUAAACAUAAUUAUAUACACUGAUUGUUAUGAAUCUAUUAA